GCCACCGCAAAAGAGCCCCUGCAAAGAAUGUUUGUUUCUAAACAGUGGACUUCAAGUCGUUAUGCAAAAUUAGUUGAGGGGAAGGAGGUUAAAAAGAUUGUGAUGGAUGACAGAACGUUUUGGCCUGGGGUUGCUUACUCAAUAAAAACAUCAAGGCCAUUAGUUGAAGUUUUGAGGAUUGUUGAUGGUGAUGAGCCUGCAAUGGGAUUCAUCUACGGUGCUAUGGAUUCUGCAAAAGAAAAAAUUGCAGAAAAUUUUGGAAAUCAAUAUUCCACUUAUAGUGAGAUUUGGAAGAUAAUUGAUGAGAAGUGGGAGCACCAACUGCAUCGGGACUUGCAUGCUGCAGCGUAUUAUUUGAAUCCCAGAUUCAAAUGGGAGGAUGACUUCUCUACUCAUGUGGAGGUUAAGAAAGGUUUGUAUGCUUGUAUGGAGAGGCUUAUUUCUGAUAGUAGUGAUUUUAACCAAGCUGAUGCACAAAUGGAUGAAUAUCGAUACAAGCGUGGACUUUUCGGAAUGAGGGCGGCUCAAAAUUCAUAUAAAACACGUCCCCCAGUGGAAUGGUGGGAUCAAUUUGGAGAUCAUAUUCCAGAACUACGGGCUAUUGCGGUCAAAAUUCUUGGUUUGACGUGUUCUUCUUCCGCUUGUGAACGAAAUUGUAGCACAUUCAAUCAAGUCCAUACGAAGAGAAGGAAUCGUCUUUCAGCCAUUAAGUUGAAUAGUUUGGUAUUUAUAAUGUUCAACAAGAAGUUGAAGUUUAGGAAGAGCAGAUUACAAAAGAAAGAGGAUAAUUUGAUCUUCGAUAAUGUAUCAUCUGAUGAUGAGUGGAUUGCUGAACCGAAUGCAGAUGAUGGAGAAAGUGUGGAUGCACGUGAUGAACUUGCAUUAGUUGUUGAUGAAAUGGACAACGAAUUCAGAGGUUCAUAACUUAAUAUUUUAUUUUUUUGUCCCUUCAAUAUACUUAUUUACAUUUAACUUCCAUUCCGUUUCAUUCUAUUUUUGUGACUUUAUGUGUGUAGGGGUGGACCUUACUGUUGGAACUGAAGAAGAUAAUGAGGCCCGUGAAAAUGAAGGAGAUGACAAUGAGAAUGACAUUACUAAUUUGGAUACUCAUGAAGAGGACGAUAGGCUUAGUUUUGAAGAUUAAUAGUUCCAAUUUGUCAAUUUGCAAACUUAAACUCCUAAACUUUUAUUUUCUUGUCUUAGAAUUUUAAUGUUUUAUGUUCUUUUGAGUUUUGACUUUGGUAUUUCAGUUUUAUAUUAUUUGGACUUGAAUAUUUUGUAGUUAUGAUAUUUUUACUUGUGAUUUUGUUUAGAUAUGUUAUUGUUAU